GCAGUCGAUGGUGCAACGGGACAUUAACAGUGAAUAUGUAAAUGUCAAACGGACCGACUGAACUGCUAAAAUGUUAAUUAGCUGCAGUGUUGAUAAACUCGACUGUAAUAAAAUGGGGCUGUUGAGGCCGCGUACCGUUUAUGUCUUAACGGCUCAACGGCACCUAGUUUAUCACAGUUUAUCACUGGCAAGAUAGUAAACCCCCGCUGCACCGGAACAUCGGUUGAAUAAUGUCGCACUUUCAUUCAGGUAUCUCAAGUUAGAGCUUAUGUUAUUUUUAAUAUAUACUGCAUUUAAAAAAAAGAAUGAAUUACUAGCAAAUCUAAAUGUAGACAAAACUUCUAAAAAACACAAAAAAAUCCACCAACCCUAAGCAGUCAGCCUCGCGGGAUUUAAACGAACACGGACUUGAGCAGCACGGAAUUCUCUCGCUCUUGUGGUCGUGACUUUCUUCGUGGUCUCUGUUGACAUUCUGCUAGCCUGCAAACUGAUAACAAGAAACCUGUUCGGUAAUAUAAGCCGUUGGAUAUCUUCACGUGUUGCUAUUGACGUCAUUGCUACAAACUCAACCUCGGUGCUCGCGAUAUUUCAGCGAGAUGCAGGUGCAAAGAGUCGUUCUUAACUCACGACCAGGUAAAAACGGGGCGCCAGUUCCGGAAAAUUUCCGCCUGGAGGAGAUUAAUUUAGCACCUGACCUGAAAGAUGGGGAAGUUCUUGUUCGGACGCUUUAUCUUUCAGUCGACCCUUACAUGCGAUGUAGAAUGAAUGAGGACACCGGUGCUGAUUACCUGACUCCAUGGCAGAUUUCCAAGUUCGUGGAUGGUGGAGGUGUGGGACUGAUUGAUUCCAGCCGCUGCAACAAUUUUGUUGCGGGAGAUGUGGUCAUUUCAUUCAACUGGCCUUGGCAAACCCAUGCUGUUAUGACCGGAAGUGACUUACAGAAGGUUGAUCCACAGCUGGUUGAUGGACAUUUGUCCUACUUUUUGGGUGCAGUUGGAAUAACAGGUCUCACUGCCUUACUGGGUAUCAGAGAGAAGGGUCACAUAACCAAAAGAGCCAAUCACACGAUGGUAGUAAGCGGCGCAGCUGGUGCCUGUGGCUCCAUAGCUGGACAGAUUGGCAGGUUGGAUGGAUGUGUGAGAGUGGUGGGGAUCUGUGGUUCUGAUGAGAAGUGUAAAGCUAUAGUGGAAGAUUUAGGUUUCUCCACAGCCAUCAACUAUCACCUGGAGGAUGUCCCGAUGAGGCUUAAGGAAAGCUGUCCUGAUGGCAUUGAUGUUUACUUUGACAACGUAGGGGGUGCCAUUAGUGAUGCUGUUAUAGCACAGAUGAACAACGGCAGCCACAUAAUCCUGUGUGGUCAGAUCUCGCAGUAUAACAAGGAUGUGCCAUAUCCACCACCUCUGAGCGAGGAGACUCAGAAGAACCUGCAAAGUAAAAAUAUCACCCGGGAACGUUUUACGGUGCUAAACUACAUGAGCAAAGCAGACGCUGCCCUGUGUGAGCUGAGCCAGUGGAUUAAAUCAGGUCGAAUCAAGGUUCUGGAAACUGUGGUGAAUGGUAUAGAGAAUAUUGGAGAUGCAUUUUGCUCUAUGAUGAAAGGCGGAAACAUUGGCAAGCAAAUCAUAAAAAUAUCCCACUGAAGAAAAUCACCAGUGUUUCCAGUGGAGGCUGCGCUCUCACCACUCACCAUGGGAAAUUAACCUUACUGCUGCCUGUUAUCUCUGCCAUUAAGUUACUUAAUGAGCUGCAGUCAAAAUAUUGCGCUGAUUAACCGAGGCCAGCUAAUUACAACUGAAUUAUAAAUAAUAAAAUCUAGCAAUCAAACAAGUCUUCGGUUUUUAACAACAGUUUGUUUAGUCUUUUGGAAAUUGGUGCAGCAGUGAAAGAAAUGUAGAGCAGUGUUGCAGUACUGACACAUGACAUUGACCUAAAAAUCAGUCUCUUAACGGUGCUGAUGUGGGAUAAAACCUGGAAAUUCUUUGCUUUAGUAUAGCAAAAUUAGCAGAGCUUUUUCUGUUUUACUCAAAGUUACUGGGUACACUCAGAUCAUAACAGGAUGGGCAUGAUCAGUAGCUAUAUUUGGGUAGGCUAAAUGAAGAACAUAUCCUCUAUACCAUUACACCACCAUCACUAGCAUUAACCACUGAACCAUCUAUACUUUCAUGGUGUUCAGGCUGAAGUCUGACACUAAUAUCCAAAUGUUCUAGUAGAAGUUGAGAUUUAACAGACCAGGUUAUAAUUUUGCUAAUCUGUUGUCCAGUUUUGGUCACUAGAAAAUCAAUUAAUAACAUUAUUUGUUGAUGGCAUCAGUUUUAAGCCACCCCUCAUUUCUUCAUAUUUUGCUAGGAAAGUGGGAAAUAAGUGGUUUCCAAUAUAGUGUGUUUGAGAUCAGUGUCAUGCUGAAAAAUGAAGCCGUUGCUAUCAAAUGCUUUCCAGAUGGUAUUGCAUGGUGGAUCAAAUUCUGACUCUUUAUUUCUAUGUUCGUAGUUUCAUUCAUUUUAACAAGAUAUCCAACAACACUGGUUGAAAUGCAGCUUGAAACCAUGAUGGAGCUUUCACUGUGUUUUACAGAUGGCUGUAGAGACUCUGACCUUCUCACAAAAUGAUUAUUUACACCAAAAAUGCCAAAUAUUACUUUAUAACACCAAUCACUGCACAGAUUUUCACUUUGGUACUUGUGUAAUUUGCAUACAUCAACCUUUUCUCAGUUUUCCUUCUUAAAGGAUGGGUUCUUUCAGUCCUUCCACCAAGACCGUUUCUGAAAUUGGCCUUUCGCUUUUCACAUAAAUGAAUGUUGUGAAUGAAUUGUGUUCUUCCAGCAGGUUGCUAGUAACAAAGUGUCUAAAGAUGUGUUCAGCUCUAAGGAAUGGCCUGAGAAUGAAUAAAACUUUAUAAAACCUUCAGAAAGCCUAGAGAACUAUUGCUCAAGCCCACUUUAAAAAUGACAAAAACACAUGUUGGACACAAAACAUAAAUAAGGGGUGGCUCAAGGGUUUUUUCCAUUAUUGCAUACAGUAUGUUUUUUAAAUCUCUUUUUCCACUGUUUUGCCUCCGUGUUCCCUUCUGUGUAACAUCAUUUGGAAAUGAAUAAAUCUAUACAAAGUUA